CACCUGAAAUGCUAAUUAAGUAUUCUUCAAGAUUAGUGGGUUUGAUUAAUUUAUAAAAUGGGUCUGAAACCUUGAUAAAGAUUAAGUUCUUAUUUUUUUGCAGAAGCUCCUUUCAAUCUAAUGGACUGUAAAAACCUCAUAUUAUAGAAAACCUCUCUGAAAUAAAAAAUGAUGGGACAUGAAAUGGCAGUCCUUCCAGUAGCCAGUACCAUGGACAGGAAAUUGUAUGAGUGUGCCCUAGAAGGAGACGUUGGGAAUCUGAAAAAUCUGUACUCCAAAGAUCAUGAGAUUGUGAAGGACAUUACACCUCAGGGAAAUACUGUGCUCCACAUUGCAGCCAAGAGAGGGCAUGCUCAUUUUGUUAAGGAGAUUCUUGGCUUGGAGCCAGAGCUUCUGAAGGUGGCCAACAGUAAGGGGGACACAGCAUUGCAUGAGGCUGCUAGAAGGGGUUAUGCUGAUGUUGUGAAGGAAUUGUUGAAUGAUAAGAGUGCAGAACUCUUGGUUGACAAGGAUGUGGAAGGAUUUCAGACAGCAGAGAUUGAAGAUCUUACCAACUUUCAAAAUGCUGAGAAAAAUACUGCGCUACAUGAAGCUGCAAAAGGUGGGCAUGGGGAUGUGGUAAGUGUUUUGUUGAAAUGCAAUGAGGAUGCAACCAGUGUUGUCAACCAGAAUGGGGAGUCACCUCUGUAUAAGGCUUGCGAGGAGGGACAUCUGAAGGUGGUUGUGCAGCUUUUCAAGAGUGCAACUUCUUUGACUUUAGAACGUAUCCAUGACAAUAAAACAAUUCUUCAUGCAGCUUUACUUGGAGGCCACAAAGAUGUGGCAGCUUAUUUGCUACAGGAGCUACCAAAAUUAGCUAAAUCAUCAGACAAAUUCGGGAGCACUCCAUUGCACUUGGCAAUAUCUAGGGAAGACGAACAUGUGGAAAUAGUGCAAGAGCUGCUGAAAGCGGAUUCUUCUGCCUGUUAUAAGUUCAAUGUGAAGGGAAUGACACCUCUUCAUAUUGCAGCUGAAAAGGGGCAUGCCCACAUACUUCAGGAGAUACUGAACUGCAGACCAGACUGUAUUGAACUGAAUGAUCAAAAGCAUAAACGAAACAUUCUGCACUUGGCAGUGGGAAAUGAGCAAUCCAAAGUGGUCAGAUAUUUGCUGAGGAAAAGGAGAAUGGAGAUGUCUGAACUGAUUAAUGAGCCAGACAAGGAGGGGAACACACCGCUGCAUUUAGCCACCAUAAAAGACUCAUUAGAGAUGGUAAACCUACUGCUGUCCCCAUCUCCACCCAUGGCAGCAUUGAAUCUCAAUCUCAAAGCAGUCAAUAAAGCAGGCCAUACUGCAUUAGACCUAGCACAGAUCAAAGGAGGCCACUCAUUUGCACAACUCUCCAUCUGGAAAGCACUGAGAUCUGCCGGUUGCACGCAUGGUGAACACUUACUUGAGGAUUUGAAGGAGAACCCAACAUUCCCAACUACCCAAGUUAAUAAACCCACUUCUAAUUCUAAUUCUGCAGACAUAUCUCUUCAAAAAAUGGCAGAAACUCUUUCUGUUGUAGCAGCCCUUAUUGCAACGGUCACAUUUGCAGCAGCAUUCACUGUGCCUGGUGGACUUUAUCAGGGUCCUGGUGGCAGGGACGAGGAGGGAACAGCAGUGAUGAUAAACCGGGUAGUUUUUAAGGUGUUUGUUAUAUCAGACACCGUGGCCAUGUGCAGCUCCAUGAUAGUGGCCUUGAUUUUGGUAUGGGCAGUCCCAGGGGUCCCUGGGCUUUUGGCAGGGGCUGUAGGGUGGGGUCUGAAAAUACUGUGGGUGGCCUUGGGAGGGAUGGUGGUCACCUUUGUGACUGCAAUGUAUCUGGUGGUUGCCCCAAAGUGCCUUUGGUUGGCAGUGUUGGUGUGCAUAUUGGGAAGUAGCACACCCUUCAUAGUGAGCCCCCUAGUCAUUGAUUCUGCUAAACGCAACGUCCAUAAGGCAGGCUUCCACUAUGAAUAUAACCAACAGGGUCUGUAACAACAUGCUAUACUUUUCUCACAAUGCCAAUUCAUUUAUUUUUUGAUUAGUUAAAAUUUCACCACAUGAAAAGCACAUUAGAAUUUAUGUCGAAGACUCGAAGUGAUCAAGAUUUUGCUUAAUUCUGUAAGGUUUUAGUUU